AAUAAAUUCUGUGUAAAAUGGAACGUUAUUGUCGAGCCAGUGUAUUGUGUUGAUUCGUAUUCCUUUUUAAAUCUUUUUUUAAAUAAUCUAAGUUAAACAAUUAAUUAAAGACUAUAAUAUUCAACAAAAAUGGAUUUCGGGGAAACAAGAACGCCGGAGGAGGUGCGGAAAAUAAUUAAAAUCGCUAAACUCCACGAAUCGGAACUAACAGAAAUCACUCAAGUAUUGAGGUUUCCUGGGGCUCAUAAACAAAACGACAAUCUCAGACUUAUGUUAUUAGAUGAUAAUCUUUUGAAAGAAAUCGAAGCUGGGAAUGAACUGGUGUUCAAAGGUGAUCCAGAGGAAAACGUAGUAUUAUGCACAAGCAAUAAAACUUACGAUGUCAAGGAAGCUGAAACAUCGAACAGCAUUCUCCUUGUACCGGAUUUGCUUUUCGCUGCCUCCACUGGUCUAGACGAGACGAUACAAAACAAUUCAAUGGACGAUUCAGAUUCAUCCUUUGACAAAUCGAAUACCAGUCUUAAUAAAUCUACAGAAUCGGAUGAAGGGAAAGAUCCAAGGAGGAUAGAACAUAAGGAUAUAAUUAAAACUUUUUUUACGUAUUACGAACUGAAGCCGUGUAAGCCCAGGUUGUCUAAAUUACAGAAGUUACUUGAGCCUACUUUGUACCAAGGCCAGGAGUUGGAGUAUGCCAUUGAUAAAUCCAAAUUGAUGAAUUACGAUUCACUGUGUGACCAAAUCCAAGCAUCUAAACACGAGUUAGAACAACAACUAGAGAGGAUCCAAGCGAUAAAAAUCGAUGGUUACUAUCGAUUGCUCGAUUUCGAUUAUGAAUUUCGUGUUUUAUCGUACAUGUUAGAUCUGAUUGAGGAGAAUUCAUGGGCGUUGGAUAGAAUAUCAAAAGAAAUAACAUUAGACAGUCUGAAAGAUUUGGUUCCGAUGUCGAUUUUGGAGGCAAUGUUUCGUUUUUAUACCUUGGAAUCCGUUGAAGAGGAUGGCGUCCAGUUUUAUAAGUAUAAAGAGGAUAAAAUAUGCAAGUUCUUGGCGAGGGUGCUUCUGAAGAGUUCAGGGAAAUUUAAUUUGGCCGAGUUUUUACAGGCCUGGAGGGAUUCUGUACCUGACGGGAUGACUACAGAUGAAUCCCAGUUAGCUGGUAUAGCGCUUAUAGAUAAGACUAGCACGCCCCAAGUGGUGUGGGGGUUUUCAGACACCGACCUACCUGAAAAUAUCAACGAGAGGUUCAAACUUCUGUUCCAGACCAAAACUAAAUGGACAGUCGAUCAAAUAUCUCCUUAUAUAGAAUGUUACGCAACUGUAAAAUUGAACGUAAACGCGUUGCUAACCAAAUACGCGCGAGCGUCGACACAAGAUGGCGUUAGGGUGUUCUCAGCCAAGCAUAUGAACUAAUAAUGUAGAGAAAAAUAGAAGUAGGACACUUCUCAGUAUCAUCCACAAUUACUAGGGGGGAAGGGAUUAUAAAAUACUGAAGCCUUGCUUAAAUCUUGGUAAUUGUCUCCUGCGUAUAGGAGUUAGUAGGAUUUAACUCGCCAAAAGUAAUUUUGGUUAUACGCCAUUUUUAUCAAUGGCAUAAUUUGAGUUUUGUUAAUAUUGUUAUAAGGGCCAUCACAUUCUUGUUAUUUUUAUUGGCCAUUAUUGAGAUUAAACUUAAGACGAUCGUUUAAUGUAUAAUCUGUGCUGUUUAUCUAAGAAAUCUUUAAAAUAAGUUUGUAUUUCUAUGUUCAACACAUUGUAUGUAUUUUUAAAGGAAACAUGUUUAUGACCGAAUAAAAAAGUUGUAAUAUA